AUGUACUUUAUUCCAAUAGUUGAUACAAAUUUUAAUAAUGAAGCUCGAGAGAGACUCACAAGAAUUUCUAUUGUAAAAGCUGAAAAAGCUCAAACUGUUGAAGAUCUUUUAAUUCGAAUAGCACAAUCUGGAAAGUUGCGUGGAAUCGCAAUUGAUCGACCAACAGCAAAAGCCAGAGAAAAAG